CCCUUCCCCUCUACGCAUCAUCCCACCCACAGCUCCAUCACACCACGACCAAACUUGAAGGAUAUGUCCCAGCUGAGCAGUCCAAGUACGGUGAGGAGUGUGACUGUCACGAAAAUAUCCGCUGUCCUGGUCUCAUUGUAUACCAGAGACGAGAUCAUCGAUAAGUCAUCUGAGCACUUCCGCAAGAGCACCGCCGAGGAACCUUGUAUUCAAACUGACAUUGACCCAUCGAAACUUGGACCAAGCCUGAAGCUAGAAUACCCUGAAGCGGAAUUACACCACAGUCCCAAAUGCGAGAUUCCCCAAGACGAGCAAACCGUCAUAGACCUCGGACUUCAACCGUCUAUUGAAAUGCCUGAUAGUCCGGCCAGCAGACCGGUCAACAAGCGUGUGGCAAGGUGUGUCUCCAAUACGGUAGAUUGGGAUGAGGAUUUGAGGCCCAGCAACGAGCCAGGCGAAGUGACGGCAUACCGGGGAAGCACAGAAGCCACUUCGGUCCCAUCGCCCUUACCUGGGGAUACCUAUACCUUCAAUGACAGCCACAAACCUCGUGGAGCCACGAGUGCGUCCAAAGGGAAGGCGAAACGGAAGAAGCCGUCGACAGGAAGACUUUCUACAACAGCCCAACGGACUGUGUCGAAGAAGACCAACCCGAAGAAACGCGGAGCUCCUGAGUCCGAUGAAGCGGGAAAGGACAAGAAGCUUGGAAACCGGCGAAAGAGGCUGAUUGUGACCCUGCGACAUGUUGGUAGCUCCCGUAGUGCCGGCACCGAAUCCCCUCGGGCUCUUCUGGGUGAUAAAGCGUCUGUUGAUGCUAUGUUAAGCCCUGCGGUUACAGAGAAGCACCUCGAAACUCUUUUGUCCGACAAGGAGAACAUGAACUCAAUCCUGUCUAUCGUUCAAAUACCGGGGUUUGACGGCAGUGACGGGAUAGAGCUCCAUCGUUCUGGCCUCCAAGGUGAGAGCAUUGAAGGCAUAAUAGCUCCUAUAACUCGCAGCCAAUCACUCGAAUGCCUUGGAGAGGGACAAGCUCACCCAGUUGAAGGGUCGUCCGCAGCAAUAUAUACGAUUGGUACGAUGACAGACAAAUCUCUUCACAACAAGAGUGAUGAACUCGAGAACUUGACAAGCAAUGACAACAGUCCUCCCAUACACCCCGAGUCAAGCAUGGCAUUCCUGGAGGACAGAAGCUGGAAAGCUCAAGGGAUAGGAACCGAGAUAAUCCAUCACGGACCUAUGUCGAUUGAGAGUGAUCCAGAGGGGAUUUCCAGCUCAUUAAGCACAUCACCGUCCGUGACAUCGGACGAGACUCCAUUGAGAGAGCAUCGUACCCAGUCGAGCUCUCAGGAGAGUCUAAGCGCAGAGGCUGUCAGUAUUUCCCGCUGUUCUCCUCAGAGGACCCCUAGAAACACAAUAGUCGAUACCAAUGGAAGCCCCCGCCUCCUUUCAGAAAAAUAUAAGGAACAUUAUAAGACCCAGAUACUUGUUCUAGACGACGCGGCAUCCCCGUCUGAGUUCUACAGAGGCCAUACGACCGGGGAAGGGCCAGCUUCCUUUGCUAACCGGCUGAAAUUAUGCGCAGCUAGAGACGACCGGCCGGAAAUAUCCGGACCUAUCCAGAAAACUGCCGUGCAGAAAAUGCUGUUGGAGACUAGCGAGUCCCUCAACCGCCACAUCGAGAGCGAGAACACUACUAUAAGCGAGGUGUUUGAGUCAUUCCGGAAGAGCUGCCAUGACAUGCUUGACCAGCUAUCAGAAGCCCAGGAGGCACGGAUUAGAUUAUGCCAGCAACAGAUGGAAGGCAUUCGCAAACAUCAUUCCAAGAUCUGCGAGGAACUGGUUCACCGGAUGGAAAGAGACGAGCAGCGAUUCCAGAAGCUCCUCGACAUCACUUAACCUUCUAGAUAUACUUUCAAGCGAUCUUGUAUAUGGCAUCUGACGCCAGCAAGAAGCUCACGAUGGGAGAGAAGCUUUGAUUCUACAUAUUCAGCUACUUGUGCCAAUUAGAGUUGACGAGGGUGAGGUGAUUGACAAUCUAUGAAUACCGCAUUCAUGCCCGCGGCCAACUCAAGUAAUGGAUUGUUUGUUCCAAAUUGAUUGAGUUCAGAGUACAUCUAGUCCGGAAUGCCAAUGCCUCAUGAAAGGUAUGCCUCAGUACCCGAAAUGGCAGGGAGCAGCAAUACCUAGGACUGCCUGGUUUCCAGAAGCGCAUGUUGUGAGCGAUCUUGAGUAUUGACUUUCCUGAACAAGCUCCCAAGCACGAGUCCUACAGCCGUCGCAGGUCGAUCGGACUUCCUUCCAGUAUCAGCCAACAAUGAGCAAAAUGGAUCAACG